GCUGGUCGGCAUUCCCCAUUUGGCAUUCAACAGAUGCGCAGCCGAAACUCGCAGCAACUUGUUUCAACGCUACUCGCGAACAAAGUGAAGUUAAUCGCCCAGUUAAGUGCGUGCGAUAUCCAUCGGGAUUCAUUUCGUUGUUGAAAUCAUUUGCACCCGUCGUCCGUGAAUCAAUCAUCCAACAGCCAUGUGAACUAUCGUGUAUACCGCCAAGUGUUGUUCAAUAUAGUGAAAAAGAAUGUUGCAUCAGUGAGAAAACUUUGAAUCGGAAUAUUUAUCGUGAAAAAAAAAAUUGCCAAACUAUUUUGUGAAGGAGCGAGGAUGGACAGGUUGCCGAGCAAGAGGAGCGCCGGCAGGACGAGCUGCCCAGUCUUUGCUCUGGUGUUGUUGGUUUGCCUGAGUGUCGCCAUUGACGCCGAACUCUGUGACAUCGAAUCCGGACAGUCCAACGUCAUCCUGGACAUUGAAGAGAGCCGCGGGCCACAAACGAAUCAGAGCACUCGGCCAAAAGUGCUGCCCAUUGUUGGCGACGUGCCCGCCGGUGAAAUCAGUCUGACUAUAGCCAGUUCCAGCAAUCCGAACGUGUUUGCCCUGCUGGGAAAAGAACUCAAAUUGACGUCGCCGCUGGAUCGCGAUCACCAAGACAUUUCUUCCGUCAUCCUCCAAGUGUCGUGCACCAAUUCGGCCACUGGCAGGCGGCGGAAUAUUCCCGUCAUUGUCCGGAUCUCGGAUGUCAACGACAAGGCCCCCGUCUUCCUCAACAGCUCGUACAGCGUCACCAUUCCGGAGGAUCUGCCGGUGGGUGGGAUCGUCAUCCGCGAUAUUGAGGCUAAGGAUGCGGAUGCCGGAAUCAACGCUCUGGUGGAGUACAAAGUGGUGCCCAAUUCGCAACGAAUGCGCAGCGGCGGAAACGUCAGCCUCUUCAAUGAAACUAAUCCGGCGUUGGAUGCCUUCGAUGGAUUUGGCAUGUUUGAAUUUCCCGCCGCCCACAUUCCCGUCCUGACUUUGCGCCAGCCCAUCGACUACGAGUCGGUCCGUCGCUAUUUGGUCACCAUCGUCGCUUCGGAUCGAGCGCUGAAUGCCCAGGAUCGGCUCUCGUCGACGGCCACUUUGACGGUCAAAGUCAGUGACGUCGAAGACCAGCCGCCGGCCUUCCAAUACGUCGGUUGUCCGCUCAACGAUCGAGGCGUCUGCAUCACUCCGAAUUACACGACGACCAUCAUCAGUGGCGUCACGUCCGGUUUGUUGACGCUGAAGCCGGAUCGAAUUUUGGCUCUCGACACGGACCCUUCAAGCCUGGCACCGAUCCGCUACACUUUCGGCCAGGGAUCUCCGCCCAAUUUCCGAGAGUACUUCGAAAUCAAUCCCAAUUCCGGCUGGGUAAAGCAGAUUAAGCCGGCCAAUCGCUCAGUGGUCAACAAAUUCGAUUUGAUCGUCAAGGCCGAAGAGAUGACGUCAAAGAAGAGAUCCUCGAGCGCCACGCUUAGCAUUGAGGUGGGCAACGACAACAAUUUCGCACCGCGGCUGGUUGCCGAAGCCCUGGAAGGUUUUGUGGAUGAGAAUUCGCCGGUGGGAACUCCCGUCAUAUCCGCACGAAGAAAGGGCCAACCUUUGCAGCUGAAAGUCGUCGAGGAAGACUCGGAAUCUGAGAAUCCGCUUUCUCAAUAUGAAAUCGAGCUGACGUCGGCCGCUUUCCGAGUCAACAAGGUUGGAAUCAUGGAAGUUGCUGUGCCCAAUCUCGAUCGUGACGCACCCAAUCCAUCGACCCUGACUUUCCAGGCGAUCGCUCGAAAAGCUGGAGGAGCCACUACAUCACCCAUUGCCAUUUCGAUUCGAAUUUUGGACGUGAACGAUAAUGCCCCACGGUUUCCAUCGUUUAAACCCGUCUUUCUUCAGGCGGGCGAUUCGAAAAAAGUGGUGACUCAGGUUCAAGCCGAAGACAAAGAUUGGGCUGAUAAUGGCCGCAUUGAAUAUGCUGUGGUGGACGUCACGAAUAACGGAAAGAACAAGUUUGUCAUUAAUCCGCAAACCGGAGUUAUUGAUUCUGCUGGAGCCCUGAAACCUGGGGAGAAAUUUACACUAACUCUCCAGGCAACAGAUGGAGGGGGUAAAUCGUCUUUGGGGCUGCUGGAAGUCAUCAUCAUUCCAGGACCGAACAUUCAAGCACCAGUUUUUACUAAAGACUCGUAUGAAAUUUCUGUUGAUGAGAGCUCUCCUGUCAAUUCUCUUGUCUACACUUUUCAGGCAAGAGAUCAAGAAAAUGAUCGUGUAACAUAUUCCAUAGUGGCUGGCAAUGAAUUAGGGCACUUCAAAAUGGAAAAGUCCAAUGGAAGUCUCCUUCUUGCUAAACCCAUCGACCGAGAACAGCUUAGUCGCUAUGUACUCACCGUAAGAGCCGAAGAUACUGGAGGAUUGUCCAGUGUGGCCCAAGUUAUGGUUCGGGUUCUGGAUACCAACGACAGAAGUCCAGAGUUUAUAGAUCUGCCAUACAUUUUCCGCGUAAAGGAAAACGACCUGACGGGCUACAUUGGCCGCGUUCACGCGAAAGAUGCAGACAUUGAAAAGAACGGACAGAUCUCAUACUUUUUGCCCGCGGAUGAAAAUUUCGUCAUCAACAGUCAAACGGGCGAAUUGAAGUCUAAAGCGCCGUUAGAUUACGAGAAAGACAGAGUUCAUCUUGUGGUUAUAGCAGCUCAAGAUAGUGGGCUCCAGCCACGAGUAACGACUGCGACUGCAACAGUGGUUGUGUUAGAUUUCCCGGAUGAGCGACCCAAAUUCUCCCAACAGAAAUACGAAUCCGACGUGCCGGAGAACAUCAUUGAUUUCUUUGUCGCACAAGUGCAGGCGACUGACAUGGAUAGCGAAUCUUCGGUGACUUACACCAUACGUCAGGGCGAUGCUGAAAAAUUUAGAAUUGAUCCUCAGUCGGGAAUUGUGCGAACCAGGCGCUCGCUAGAUUAUGAGCGACAGGCACAGUAUGUCCUUAUCAUUGGGACACUUGAGAACACGGAUGUCAACGACCCGCAAGCGACAACAACUCUCUUUGUCAACGUCCAGGAUCGAAAUGAUGUGGCUCCUGUCUACAGCUCCUUGCCGAGGCCUGUACGUCUCAGAAGCACUGUCCCAGUUGGUCAAGUCGUCACUACUGUCAUAGCUGUUGAUUCUGAUGGAACGUCUCCAAAUAAUCAUGUCAGAUACGAGUUGGUAAAUAAUUCCAAUAAAGUUGGGCAAUUCUUCCGCAUUAAUCCCGAGUCGGGAGUCAUCUCAACCCGCGACAGUCUGCGCAAGGAUAAUGAGCGCGAAUACAAGUUGAGAAUUAGGGCUUACGAUCUUGGCAAGCCUACGUCCCUGAGCACGCUGGCCACAGUAAUUGUACUGGUCGAUCAUGUCGCUCCGCUUAUCCAGCCAGACGUGACUCACAUGUCGUUUUCCGAAAUGACUUAUUCAGUGUCUGUAGCCGAAGAUGCACUGGCCAACACCCUCAUUAAAAAUUUAUCCGUCAUUAACAGAACCAACGACCUGCUGCCCGUCUCGUGCGAGAUUGUAAGCGGAAAUUCUGAAGAUGCGUUUUACAUGAAAGAGUCGGCAGAUCGCAAUUGUGAGCUGCGGCUCAAAAAAACUCUGGACUUUGAGGCCACGCAACGCUAUGAAAUUGAAGUUCAAUUAAAGACAUCGGCCAGCUUCGUUAAUCAAGACAGAUCUACAGUCAGGGUGGACGUGACGGUGCUGGAUGUGAACGACAAUUCCCCGAAAUUCUUGUCCAAGUACCCAGAGAAUCGCUUCACCAAUGGCAAGUUCUACGCAGCGAUAUCGGCCGAUGCUCCUAUCUCUUCGGUGUUGAUUUUAGUGGCGGCCGAAGACGCCGAUAGCGGGCCGCUCGGUCAACUCGUUUACGAUAUCAUGGAGGAGACCAACAGUGGCAAAUUGUUUAACAUUGACAAAUCAACAGGUACCAUUCACACUGAGAAAAUGAUGAGUGCAGUCCGUCAAUUGCCUAUUCGGCUCAUUGUGACUGCAAGGGAUAAUCCUGGCCAGCCCGUUGGCUAUCGUGAAACCAACUGCCAAGUUGUGGUGAACAUAAUAGAACCGCAACAUCGUUUAGUGCUGGUUUUGCCCAAUUCAUCGCCCGAUCAAGUCCACCGCUCGCAGUCCUCCAUCAUCGAUAUCUUGCAAGAAGAGACAAAGAUGAUUGUGCGGGUUGAGAAACUUCAAGCGCUCACUAGCAUCUCGCCCAAUGGCACGAUCUUGGUUGACCCAUCUGGCUCAGAACUUUGGUUCUAUUGCGUCGAUCCUACCACGGAGACGAUUGUAUUAACCAAUCACAGUCAAAUAAACAGUACGGUUCUGGAAAUGGGAUCGACGAAUCAUCUAGCCUACCUCAUGGCAACCAAACUGAAAUUAGACGUCUCUGAAAUUCGACAGCCGUUGGACAAUCGUUGGGCGUCAAAACCCUAUGAUUCGGAUACUCCGGCCAACCGUCUAUGGAACGGUUUUCCUGCCGCUCUCGUGGUAGUCGGUGUACUGGUCUUUUUGCUUGCUCUUGGCGGCAUCGUCUAUAUCUGCGCCUCGUGGGACAGUAGGUUGCAGAGCAACUCCGACAAAAGAGUCCAACCUUACGUGGUAUUUCCACCGUAUAAUCCUGUUGUCAUAGAUCCUAACCCAAAAGAAUAUGAAACCCAAAUACUGCAGUUGAGUGUCAAUAAUAGCACCGACGAUUCGGAAUCGAGCGGUGAUCACAACAUGGAUUACAACGCGAGACGAAAUCGUGUUUUCCCUCUAGCAGUGCCGACCUACAUUUCAGGUCACCAUAUAAAUAGUGCCCUCAAUUCAGCCAACGCGGACAUCGCUACCCUGCGUUUUUCCAGUUUGGCGGGUAUGGGGCACUGUGAGUUUGCCCCCCACCAGUUUUUCCCUGAACAAGAGGAGGAAGACGUGUCUUCUAUGAUCAUCUAUGAUGAUCCACCCAUUCCGACAACUAAUCCACUAUAUGAAGGAUCUGAUGAAGAUCCACUAAACUUCACCAGCGCAACCAAUGCCAACGUUACCUUCAGGAGUAAACUACAGCGGUUUGGCAUUCCUGAAGUGUCCACUGAGCUCUGAAUAAUUUGAGCUUCAAACAAUGAGUCGAACUCGAAAGAGAUUGUUUUUUUUUGUAUUUGUGUGUUGAAAGUUGAAUCACGAUAUUUUUCUCUGUUGAUCUUUAUCGCUCUGAGGAUUAUCUUUGAACGAAGAAUGAUUUUGUCCCAUGUUUUCUUUGCCAAACCUCCCUGCUGUGAAUAAUAAAAUAACCGUUGUAUUAUUAUCA